AUGUCUUGGUAUCAUAUGGUCAAUUAUGAUAUUGUUGAAAUUAAACACAAACCCGGAACACGAAACUGUGACGCUGAUUACAUGUCACGCCAUCCACUAAUCAAUAAUGAAGAAACUAAUGAUGAAUUAGAUGGUAUCUGUGUUGCUAUAAUGACAAGAACAAAAACAAAACAACAAACUACUACAACAGGAGAUAUUCCAACAACUACCUCAUCGAAUGCAUCGUCAGCAUCGUUUUGUUCAAAACAAUUAUCACCUCUUGAUCCUUAUCGAUAA